UCUUCUCUCUCUCUCUCUCUCUCUCAGAUUCAUCAAUAACUUUCUCUUUCCUUUCGUGCGUUCGUUUCUGAUACAUACAUAUAGAAGCUUAAUUCGCUAGCUGAAAUUGUUUGUUGGGUUUAGAGAAGAAGAGAAUUCUUGUUGUUCAAUUAUCUAUUGGAUCGAUGGAACAAGACAUGGUGGUGAACAGAGGAGCAGAAGAUCAGCUCAUCGAGUUGCCUCCGGGUUUUCGGUUUCAUCCCACGGAUGAAGAAAUCAUAACUAGCUAUCUCACGGAGAAGGUCAUCGACAGCAGCUUCGUGGCUAUUGCAAUCGGGGAAGCUGAUUUGAACAAGUGUGAGCCAUGGGAUUUGCCAAAGAAAGCCAAGAUGGGAGAGAAGGAGUGGUACUUCUUCUGCCAGAGAGACCGCAAGUAUCCAACGGGGAUGAGAACGAAUCGGGCCACGGAAUCUGGGUACUGGAAGGCCACAGGGAAAGACAAAGAGAUCUUCAAUAAUAAAGGGAAAGCUGGUUGUCUUGUUGGGAUGAAGAAGACGCUUGUGUUCUACGGAGGGAGAGCCCCAAAAGGAGAGAAGACCAACUGGGUCAUGCAUGAAUACAGACUUGAAGGCAAAAUCUCACAAUACACCAAUCUUUCCAAGGCUGCAAAGGAUGAAUGGGUUGUGUGCAGGGUUUUCCACAAGAACAUGGGGCUCAAAAAGACCAAUAAUACACCAACCAGGAUGAACUCUUUUGGGGAUCAUGAUCUCUUGGAUUAUUCCUCCCUCCCACCUCUUAUGGAUCCUACUAGUUUCAAUAACAACAUCAUGAACAACAACGACAACAAGGCUUGUGGCUAUGGAGAUCAAGACGUAAAGCCCGGCACCAAUCUGGCUAGUACUGCACCAUCUCUAUCAUCAGCUAAAGCGUCAUCAUCAGAUGAUCAUCAUGCAAUUAAUAACAAUAAUUACCUCAGUUACUUUUCCAUUGGCCGCUCCGGGGGUCAAGUCCAGAAGCCAAAUUACAGCUUUCAGGUGCAGCCUACCAACAGUUAUUACCAAGCUACUAGUCUCAGUAACCCCAAUAUGUUAUACCCUCAUCACCAUCAUCAGUUUCCAAAUCCAAAUCCAAAUCCUUCAAGUGUCUGGUUUCAGCCAAAUCCCAAUAAUUCCGAUUAUUUUCAACAAGGCAUGAUCAGAGUUACUAAUAAUAUUACUACUAGUGAUCAUGAUGAAGAUGAUCAGGCCAUGCUAAGAGCAAUAGCUGCAGCCAACAACAACAGCAAUAUGAAUAAUGAAACAUCUUCAUCAGCUGCUGCAGGCUUUGGAUCAUCAGGUGGCUUAGAGAGGCAGUGCAAAGUGGAGCAGUUUUCAUCGGCACCACAGUCCAUGUUUAGCCUCUCCCAAGACACCGGUAUCAGCACGGACAUCAACACCACCGAGAUAUCGUCAUCUCUUGUUUCAUCAAAGCAAGAAUUGGGAAGCGCCGCCAACAAUUGUUCAUCGUAUGAUCAACGUCCGUCAGUCGUCCCCAUUUCGGACAUUGAAGGCUUGUGGGACUUCUGAGAGCAUUCAUCCAACUCAAAAACUAAAGCUAGACUGGCGCCUGUUUGUUUGUUUGUCUAAUUUAGGAUUAAUGGGUUUUGUUUUUCCCUUUGUUUCUUAAUUUGGUAUAGGUGAUUAAUUAGGCAUCAGAAAAGUUUGUUGCAUACACGAAUAUUGUAUACUACUUUAAUUUCAUGGUUUCCAGA